AUAAAUGAAAAAAUUGCUGAAGACAAAUAAAGAUCUCGGCAACCAAUAUUUAGACUUUACUUAGUUAUUUGAAAAGAAACUCAAACAACCAACUAUAAAUAAUGAUAGUAAAAAGGAGUUAAUUGAAUAAUAUAGACAACGCAAUUUCAAACAUGAACCCUAACCAUUCUAUGAAUCAUCGGAAAUUAUUGUCUAUGGAUCUUUUGAGAAUUCGAACAUCAUGGCUGUUCAACAAGAAGGCAAUGAAUUGAAUAUAUUAUUGAAUGGAGACACUAAUACAAAUGGAUGUACACAAUGGUUUUAUUUUGGCAUCUUGGUCAAAUAGCCUUAACAAUUGACUUUUCGUAUUCUCAAUAAUCGGAGAGGUAAAUCCCUAUUAAAAGAAUACAACCACAUUCGAGUAUAUGAUAAUAAUAAAUGGAAUUGUGAAACUACUAAGGAAUUAUUUUAUUACCGAACAAACAUCAAUCAUCCCUUCUACCAUUCUCAAGAUUCUUCUAUUGCGAACCUGCAGUAAAAUUUUCCAUUGCAUACCUUACAAUUUAAUUAUAAUUUCACUCAAAGUAAAAGCAUUGUGUACUUUGCCUUAACUCUACCCUACACAGUCAGUAACCUAUACCAUUUAGUUUAUCAUUCAACUUUGAAACACAAGGUAUUAUGUAGUACUCCUUUGGGAUUACCAAUAUUUAAACUCAAAACUAAACAUAAAAGUAAAGUAUAUUUUCAUAUUGAAAUAAUUAGCUUCUGAAGUUGUGAUCAUUUUGGCACGUCAACACCCAAGCGAGUCAGUAGGUUCACAUAUCUGCGAAGAGAUAAUUAAGUUCUUAGAUUCUGGUCAUUAGGUCCAAAAUAAGUAUAGAUUCAUCAUAUUUCCGAUGCUAAACCCAGAUGGUGUAUUUCUGGGUAAUUCUAGGUGCAAUUUUAAUGGAGUAGAUUUAAACAGGUAAAAACAGUUAUAACUUCUAUUCUUAGAAAGUGGGAUAUGCCUAAUUAGAAUACUGAGCCAGAAAUUUACAAUGUAGUCAAACAUAUCAAAAAGUACAAAGUAGCCUUUCUUCUUGAUUUGCAUGGACAUUCCAAAAAAUUGAACUAGUUCCUAUAUGGUUGUUCUACUCCAAUUAAACAUAUUUCAGAUUACAUGAGAGUCAAGCAAUUCAGCAGAUUAUUACAAUAAGGAUCCGAUCUCUUUAAUUAUUUUGUAAUCCAGAUGUAAGCUAUAUUUAGAAUUGUUCCUUUAAUGUAACACCAGAUAGGAUGAGUACAGCUAGAGUUGCCAUGUGGAAGAAGUUUUCAAUUGCUAAUUCAAUGACUAUUGAAACUUCUUUGUACGGGGCAUCAAAAAGACCUUUCGAAAAGGAAGAGUUCCACCUAUUAGCUUAAAAUAUCCUUAAUGCUCUUCUUCAAUAUGAUGAAUAUCAAACCGAUCCUCGUCUAUUUGACGCAUAAGAAAUUAAUCAAGCCAUUAAGUUAAUCAAAAAAGAGGGGAUUGAGGACAAAGAGUCUGGAUCUGAUUCCGAUGCUGAGUAGGAUAUUAUAGUAGUGAGGAAUCCAAGAUUAAAGGUCACAUCCAGAAGAGAUUCAACUCCUUUAAUGGUCAAAAGCAAACCCAAAUAGUAAUCUGAAACGCCCAUCCAAUAACCUACUCUUUUCUUUAAGAAUGAGUAGACCUAUAGUUACAAGAAGAUACCUUCAUAUUAGAUGAAAAGAAAAGUGUAAAAUUGUUAAUCAUACUUAGUUCUCGAAUGAAUUCUUUUCAGAGUCAAAUCAUUGAUGAACCAUUAAGUGCCCAAUUACCUACUAUUUAUAACAUUCCCAGUAAGUAAUACAAAGGCACUCUUGAUCUAAUAUAGGCAAUACAAGUGAAAUCGCUUUCUAGAUAACAGUGA